GCUACACGUCGGGAGGGGACACGCUCAAAACCAGCCUCCCUCCCUCGCGCGUGUGCGUCUGAUAGUCGCAGACUAGCAGGCACGAUCGCUACUGCCGACUUUUCUCUUCUCCCAGCCAGCCUCGCCCACCGGUGGGACGGAAAAGACGGGACAUCCGCACUCGGGGGAAUAAGCAGGCAGCAUUGCAGUUUCUUCUCGACAAUCUCGACAGGAAGGAAGGCAGGAUGAUCGCGGCUCAGCUGCUGGCCUACUACUUCACCGAGUUGAAAGAUGAUCAACUCAAAAAGAUCGACAAGUACCUCUACUCCAUGCGGUUGUCGGACGAGACGCUCAAGGACGUCAUGAACCGCUUCCGCCGAGAGAUGGAGGACGGCCUUGGCCAUGGCACCAAUCCCACCGCCACCGUUAAGAUGUUGCCCACCUUCGUCAGGUCCAUCCCUGAUGGAUCAGAAAAGGGAGAUUUCAUAGCGCUGGACCUCGGGGGAUCAAACUUUCGGAUCCUAAGAGUCAAGGUGACCCAAGAUAAAAAGCAACCGGUCCAAAUGGAGAGCCAGGUCUAUGAGACCCCCGAUGACAUCAUUCACGGAAGUGGGACUCAGCUUUUUGACCACGUGGCAGAAUGCCUUGGUGACUUCAUGGAGAAACAAAAGAUUAAGGACAAAAAGCUUCCUGUUGGAUUCACCUUCUCUUUUCCCUGCGCCCAAAGCAAACUGGAUGAGGCCGUCUUGGUGACAUGGACAAAGAAGUUUAAGGCCAGUGGUGUAGAAGGCAUGGAUGUUGUUAAACUACUCAACAAGGCCAUAAAGAAACGGGGGGACUAUGAGGCCGACAUAAUGGCGGUAGUAAACGACACGGUUGGGACCAUGAUGACGUGUGGCUUUGAUGAUCAGCGCUGCGAAGUGGGCAUCAUCAUAGGUACAGGAACUAAUGCUUGUUACAUGGAGGAAAUGCGUCAUAUCGACCAAGUGGAGGGCGACGAGGGUCGAAUGUGCAUCAACACUGAGUGGGGAGCAUUUGGGGAUGACGGCUCCUUGGAGGACCUCCGCACAGAGUUUGACCGCGAGAUCGACAGGGGGUCCAUCAACCCAGGAAAGCAGCUUUUUGAGAAGAUGGCCAGCGGCAUGUACAUGGGAGAGCUGGUGCGACUCAUUCUGGUGAAGAUGGCCAAAGAGGGUCUGCUGUUUGAAGGACGUAUAACCCCUGAGCUCCUAACAAGAGGAAAGAUUGAGACCAAGCAUGUGUCUGCCAUUGAGAAGACCAAAGAAGGGCUAAAAAAGUGCAUGGAAAUCCUAACGAGGCUUGGGGUGGAACCCUCUGAUGAAGACUGCCUGGCUGUGCAACACGUUUGCACUAUUGUGUCCUUCCGCUCAGCAAAUCUCAUCGCUGCAACCCUGGGGGGCAUCCUUUCUCGCCUUAAAGAGAACAAAGGGGUAGCUCGCCUACGCACCACAGUGGGCAUCGACGGUUCUCUAUACAAGAUGCAUCCUCAGUAUGCCCGCCGUUUGCACAAGAUGGUUCGCCGGUUAGUCCCAGAUUCGGAUGUCCGCUUCCUGCUGUCGGAAAGUGGGAGUGCCAAAGGCGCCGCAAUGGUGACGGCCGUUGCAUACCGCCUGACGGAGCAGGCACGACACAUCCAGCAGACACUGGCCGAGUUUAGGCUGAGCAAAACCCAGCUGCUAGAGGUGAAGAAACGCAUGCGAGUGGAAAUUGAAAGGGGCCUCAAGAAGGACACCCACCAGGAGGCCACAGUCAAAAUGUUACCCACAUAUGUCCGGAGUACACCAGAUGGAACAGAAAAUGGAGACUUCCUCGCACUUGACCUUGGUGGGACUAACUUUCGGGUACUUCUGGUAAAGAUUCGCAGUGGGAAGAGGCGUUCAGUGGAGAUGCACAACAAAAUCUACGCCAUUCCUAUCGAGGUUAUGCAGGGCACAGGAGAGGAACUCUUUGACCACAUUGUCCACUGCAUUUCGGACUUCCUGGACUACAUGGGCAUGAAAAGCGCUCGUUUGCCUCUGGGUUUCACCUUCUCCUUCCCUUGCCAUCAGACCAGCCUGGAUGCAGGAAUACUUGUGACCUGGACCAAAGGUUUCAAAGCCACAGACUGUGAGGGCGAAGAUGUAGUUGAGCUUCUGAGGGAAGCCAUCAAGAGGAAAGAGGAGUUUGAGUUGGAUGUGGUUGCAAUCGUCAAUGACACAGUGGGCACCAUGAUGACCUGCGCAUACGAGGAACCCACCUGCGAGGUGGGUCUUAUUGCAGGGACAGGAAGCAAUGCUUGUUACAUGGAGGAGUUGCGAAACAUCGAGAUUGUUGAGGGUAACGAAGGCCGGAUGUGCGUCAACAUGGAAUGGGGAGCGUUUGGAGACAACGGCUGCCUGGAUGACAUCAGGACACAGUAUGACCAAGCGGUGGAUGAAAACUCGCUCAAUGAAGGCAAACAGCGAUAUGAGAAGAUGUGCAGCGGCAUGUACCUGGGAGAGAUUGUCAGGCAGAUUCUGAUUGAUCUCACCAAACGUGGAUUUCUUUUCCGGGGACAGAUCUCCGAAACGCUAAAGACUAGAGGCAUCUUUGAGACAAAGUUCCUGUCUCAGAUUGAAAGCGAUCGUCUGGCACUGCUGCAGGUCAGGGCCAUCCUGCAGCAACUGGGGUUGGACAGCACCUGUGAUGACAGUAUCAUCGUCAAGGAGGUGUGUGGCACAGUGUCCCGCCGUGCUGCUCAGAUCUGCGGGGCUGGCAUGGCGGCGGUAGUAGACAAAAUCCGAGAGAAUCGGAAACUGGACCACCUGGACGUGACUGUGGGCGUUGACGGAACGCUCUACAAGCUUCACCCACACUUUUCACGGAUCUUCCAGCAAACGGUGAAGGAGCUCUCCCCCAAAUGCGACGUCACCUUCCUGCUGUCAGAGGACGGCAGCGGCAAGGGAGCCGCCCUCAUCACAGCAGUGGGCUGCCGUCAGAGGGAACAAGAAGCUCAGCAGCAUUGAGGCCCUCCCGGAGAGUACGGAAGAAACCAGCUGCUGCUCCAUCGGCACCAUUCACCCCGCCAACCCCCAACAGCCGUGACCCUACCCGAUCACCACCUCACUGACAGGGCGGCGCACAACAAACACCUAAAGCUCUGCAUAUUUAUUUUUCUGCACCAGCAGGUUUCUUGUGUUUGUACAAUUUCCUCUGUUGCUUUUUGUCGUCUAAAGUCCGUAAGUGUGUUUAUUCAUGUAUUGCUAAUUUUAUUUUUAUAUUGGAAGCAAAUAUAUGACUAUUUAUAUUGCUGAGGCCACUUUGUGAUCCAAAAGGAUUUACACCAUAAAGACAAGAAAAUAUAUAUAUAAAAAUAUGUACACACACACGCACACACGAUUCUGAUGGGCCAAGAUGUUAUACCUUCCCAAAUGCUGGGCGACAAGGGCUUGCUGCCAUGUCACGGCUGCGCCAUUCCUUCCCAUGACAUCACAUGCUAAACCGCUGACCAGGGAUUGGGGACUCUUGUCAUUGUGACGUGGACUCAGUUGAUGAUUUGACUUGGGUGGGGGACACUAAAAGACAUAUAUAAACUUGGAGGAUUUUGUUUUUCAACCAGGAUACUUGUGGACAAACGCCUUUCAGCUUUUUGUUAGAGAACAGCAUUUUGGGCAAAAAGUCCUAAAACAUUCAACGGUUUGAUUUGUGCAUCCAAAUUCUUAAGAAAAAGAAAUUAAGGAAUAUAAAUUCACCUGUAUUUUAUUUAGGUUCAAUCUGAAAUUGCACCUUAAAACCUUUUAAGCAAGACUUGUUUUAUGAGGUCACUUUCCUUGAAACUUGACUUGAGAUAACAUGAUUAAUGACUUUGUACUUGCUUGAAGACUUGAAGACUCACUGAAGAUUAAGGCUCGGGACUUGCACAUGUGACUUGAUCCCAUCUCUGCUCCUGACUGCUGGUGUGCGUCUAUUUGUGUCGUCACGUGUCCAGGUAGCAGGGGACAAAUGUUAGUCUUUGCUUAGAACUUACUUGUGAACUACUAUGCUUUGUUGUUGUAUUGAAUCCCGUAUCGGCACUGAACGGGAAGGGUGGAGUACUACUGCUGCAGGCGCUUUAUUGUCUAGUUUGCGUGAAAGGUGUGUGUGUGUGCGUGUGUGUGUGUCGGACCUGUACGCUUUCAAUGUCAAAGCUGUGUGGAGACUGCAUGCCUUACACGCAGACAAAAGGGAGAAAAGAGCUGUGAUGCGUUUUGUUUCACACAGAAGUGAGUUCAUGAUUAAAUUCUAUUUUGUUGUGGAACAAAGUCUGCUGUCUCGUUCUUAAAGUCAUGUCAAAAUACUAUAAUGAUAAAAAAUUAGAGUACAUUUUAAAAAUGUUUUGGCUUGCUGAAAUUAGCUUGUUGUGAGUGCCCUGUGUCAUG